GUGUGUGUGUGUGAGAGAGAGAGAGUGGGGGUGGUGCUGCAUGGUCGAGCAAACAGGUGUAUCCAAACAGGUAGAGCUGCGCCUUUUUUUCCUUUUCUCCUAGGGACAAACAUUAUGGCGUGUUCUUCACCAACCAGCACUUAACCAGACUCAAAGGAUUUUACCGUUCUCACAAGGACCGUUGGUGAACUGCUACAGCUUUGACAGGUGUGUCCAGGGGGAGACUUCGGAGAGGAGCUGGUGCCUAGAGAAAGAAAAGGGAUGAUCCAGCAGCACCAGGCAUGAGACAGCCCCAGUGCUCCACUCAGGCCUGUCUCUUAGGACUUUCCUCUCUGGACUGAUUGUCCCGACUUUUCCUUUAUUUAUCACUACCUACCUGGGAUAAUGACACCUCUGCUGAACAGUCCCUCCCUGUGUCUCCUUAUCCUCCGGAUCUUUGUGACGCAGGGAGUGUUUGUAGAGCAGCCCCCAAAAAAGGGUAUCCGCUCCCUGGCCGAGAAGGAGACCGUCCUGCCAUGUCGCUACGAGCCGAGUGAACCCAACGUGGUGGUGGUGCAGGUCACCUGGUAUAAGGAGAAACCCGGGGCCAGCAAGGAGCAGAUCAUCACCGCACACCACGCCAACGGACAAACCGCAUUUGGGUCGUGGUCUCGUAAAGUGCACUUCAGAAGCAGCGAGCCCACGGUGGACUCGUCCCUGGUUUUCCGGAGCACGGAGGUCUCAGAUGAGGGGCAGUACAUCUGCCGCAUCAACACCUUCCCCUCCGGCAACUUCGACAGUGUGAUGUCACUCACCGUAUGGACCGUUCCCAUCUCCUCCCUGGACCCUGUGAUCAUGGUGGAGGGUCAGUCCUACGGACAGGCCGCGUCCUGCCGCUCUAUAGCCCGCCCGCCCCCCCGCCUCUCCUGGGAGAGCGCCCUGAACGGCCAGUCCACCAACCGUACCUCAGAAAACGGGGCGGUCACCUCACACUACUCCCUGCACCCACUGAGGAGCAUGAACGGCAUGAAGCUGGACUGUCUGGUGUGGCACCCGACUUCCAAGAAGCCCCGCAGGCUCAGCAACAGCCUGGUAGUUUACUUCCCGCCGCAUGCAGAGGUGUCUGGCUACGGUGGAGACUGGUUCAUCGGUCUGGAGAACGCUGCCCUGAGGUGCGUGAGCGGAGGAAACCCCAAACCGAGUAUCACCUGGAUCAGAGUGGGCAAAGAGCUGCCGGAAGGUGUGAUCCCCCACCCUAACGGAACACUCCUUUUUGGGCGACCCCUGAGCUUGUCCGACGAAGGCACCUACCAGUGUGUGGCAGAGAAUGAAGUGUCAGCGGGGAAGGCGGCGGUGGACAUUACUGUGGCAGAAUCUCGCGCGGACCCGAAAAUGCCAGAAGAAUUGCUGAUGCUCAUCGUGGGGGCUGUGGCUGGCGGGCUGCUGCUCCUGAUGCUCAUCAUCGUCAUCACAGUCACGUGUCACCACAAACGCAAGAGCAGCAAGCUGAAGAAGGAGCUCACUGAGAAGACGGAGGAAAUCUCCACCCUCUCCAGACAUGCCUCUAUCAGGAGGAUGCACUCCGUCAGCACAGACACCAGAGGAGCGACGGAGGAGAACAUCCCUCUGAGGGUGGAGGGAACCCUGAGGACCAGCUUCUCCUCCCUCGGGGAGCAGGGCCACUACCUGGACAGCCGCUCUUCAAUCUCAGGUGGGCGAGGAGGAGGAGGAGGAGGAGGAGGGGGAGCGUACGACUACCUGGGCAGACCAGUCCUUCACAACAACUCGCGAAGGGGGAGAGACAGGCUCCUGGAAAGAGACGAGGAAAACCGACUCCGAGUGGAGACGUUUGUAAGAGACAGCACCAUAUCUCUGCAGGAAACUCGGUUCCACCCUCCUCUAAUGCCGACAACCUUCCCCAUUGUCCAGUCCACGGAGACUGUGCGACAGCUGAACGGCAGCACUGUCAUGCCAGCGGACAGCGGGGGUUCUCGGCCGGGCAGUGUCACCAGCAAAACCCACCAGCACCCUCCACUGAGCUGCAGCUAUCCACCGGUGACGGAUGAUGAGGACGAGGUGGACGAAGGCUUGGGGGGUCCCGCCAGUCAGGAGCAUCCCGACGACCAGGACAGUGAGACCAACAGCUCACACGUGUCCGAGGCCCACAGCCCCCGCUAUCAGCAUACCAAUGGCACUUUGAGACCCAAACCCCGGCCGAUUCCCACUGCCAUCAGUCCCCAUGCCUCCCUGAUCCACAAGGCUCAGAUAGUGUAGCUGGAGGCUGGAAAAUAACAGGCGGUCAGAAUGAGGAUACCCAGGGGUCACCGGAAAACCAGUUUGUGUUUGAUUAGGAAAAACGUGCACCUUGACUAUAAAGCUGCAUCUUCUUCAUUCCGAGGGAUAAUGGUGCAAUAGAACAAAAUGUCCCACCAAAGCGUCUUCUGUAUGGAUUUCUGACAUUGGGUUUUUCCUGACCAGCGCUGUGACAUCUGUUCCCCCACAUUACUGCCACAAACAAAGACAUGGUCGCAAUAUUUCCAGUUGGACUGCAUUAAUAUAGUCUCAUCAAACUUUUUAGCUCAUACUCUACAGGUCACAUUCCCACGUAUUCAUAGAAAGCUUGUGCUACACGUUCAGUCACACACCGAUGCUACAUUGGGGCCAUAAUGGUUCUGUAUCUUGCUCAGAGACAUUUUGAAGUGUAAUGGAAGAGCUGGGGAUUGAACCACCGACCCCUCGGAUUAGUGGACCCGCUCCAACUCCUGACAGCUGUUUCCUGUGACUAACAGGUGAACGCAACUGACGUGCUUUCUGUGCAGCAGAAAAUCAGGAAAUGCAGGAGACGGCUUUGUUGGUACAUAAAACAAGUAGAUUACAACACCAUGGGUGGAUUUUUUGCUUUAGUGUUAUUCAGUUCCUGUGCCUGUGUUAAGUUCCCUUACGCAACGUGUUUUAGGAUCUGAUCCAAACCAUUGGAUGUUACUGUCUCGACACACCUACAACAUGCAUACCAUUGUGCCAUAUUGGCUCUCUGCCCUCGAGCCUUCGCCUUAAGCACCGAGACGGUUUGGAUCAGAUUAGCCGUCAACAAAAAAAAAAAAGACUUAACCAAUGUGUCUUACACAUGUAGUAAUUUGGCAAAGAGUAAAUCAUAUCAAUGUGUAAUGCAAUUUCGAAUGAUUUCCUUUUUUCAAAGCUUUUUUAAAGUAUUUUUUUUAUAACAGAAUGAAUAUAGAGUAUCACUCUGUAACUUUGACUGAGCAACAGCGCCCUCUGCAGCCACACGUGAUAAUAAUUGUGUUGGGCUCAAGUCUUUGUGUAUUUUGAGUUGAGCUCUGACAGGUCUGAACUAAACGCAACUGAAAGAUAAUCCCCGGCUUCCUGAAAAAAAAAAGAGCUGCUGCUCUAGCAAAUACACCAAACACUGUUUAAAAUGUCUAAUAUUAUAAGUGUCUUCAUUGAAUACUGGAGAUAAACGCAGUUUUUUAAGGACUUCUAAGUCUUUUUAACUGAUCCACAGUUCGGCAAUACUGUUGAAUUUGCUGGACCUGUAUUUUGACAAUUUAAGCAAGUAACAGUGAGUUUCACAUCUCUCACAGGAGAUCGUACCCGCUCACAAAAGUGACAGAGCAAGAAAAGACAUUCAGGGUGAGGACUGAAAUGAAAGAAACACCAUUAAACUAUCUUUGAAGCUGCUGUUGCACAGUGUUGCUUGAAGUUGUGUUUUGAAAACAAUCAUUAAUAAUAUACAGUAAAUAAGUAUAUUAACAAAUUCGAUAUACAGUAUGUAUCCUCUGUUUGGUAGAUGACACAUAAAGUUAAUACAUAAUUGUAACCGGGAAAAAGGCUGAAAUACUAUAUUGCAUACAUAUUAAACAUGUACAUACCGUCAAAAUAAAUUAAAUAUAUGUUACGUAUAUGUGCAUCCUCAUGCACACGCAAGCAAAAGUGACGACAGCUGGAGAACCUGUGAAAUAUAUGUAUAAUACAUUUUAAUGGAUUUUUUGUUUUUUCAUUUCUGUAUUGCUUGAACUGUGAAUCUAAAUUCACUAAAGAUCAUAGAGGCUAAAUAUGUUGUCUAACUUCUUGUACAGUAUAAAGUUUCUUCGGUCUACCGGAGGUUGACAGGACAAUAUCUCACCAAAAGGGAAUUUACAUGAUCUGUUUUUGAUAUUGUACAACCAAACAUGUGUUCUUUAUCCAUGGACUACCUUUUUACAUGUAUAUAUUUGUGUGUGUUUGUAUUCUGACUAUUGUUGGGUUCUGUUACAGCCCUGAAACGGGAAGCAUUGUGCCAAAGGGAAGAUAUAAAAGCAUUAACUUCUGCUCUUUA